AUGAGAAGGAGGAGGACUGAGAGGAGGAGUAUGAGAAGGAGGAGAGAGAAGGAGGCUGAGGAGGAGGAUGAGAAGGAGGAGGAUGAGAAGGAGGAGGAUGCGAAGGAGGAGGAUGAGAAGGAGGAGGAUGAGAAGGAGGAGGAUGAGAAGGAGGAUGAGAAGGAGGAGGAUGAGAAGGAGGAGGAUGAGAAGGAGGAUGCGAAGGAGGAGGAUGAGAAGGAGGAUGAGGAGGAGGAGGAUGAGAAGGAGGAGGAUGAGAAGGAGGAGGAUGAGAAGGAGGAUGAGAAGGAGGAGGAUGAGAAGGAGGAUGAGGAGGAGGAGGAUGAGAAGGAGGAGGAUGAGAAGGAGGAGGAUGAGAGGAGGAUGAGAAGGAGGAUGAGAAGGAGGAGGAUGAGAAGGAGGAUGAGACGGAGGAGGAUGAGAAGGAGGAGGAUGAGAAGGAGGAUGAGAAGGAGGAGGAUGAGAAGGAGGAGGAUGAGAAGGAGGCGGAUGAGAAGGAGGAUGAGAAGGAGGAGGAUGAGAAGGAGGAGGAUGAGAAGGAGAUGCGAAUGGAGGAGGAUGAGUAAGGAGGAGGAUGAGAAGGAGGAGGAUGAGAAGGAGGAUGAGAAGGAGGAGAUGAGAAGGAGGAGGAUGAGAAGGAGGAGGAGAGAAGAGGAGGAUGAGAAGGAGGAUGAGAAGGAGGAGGAUGAGAAGGAGGAGGAUGAGAAGGAGGAUGAGAAGGAGGAGGAUGAGAAGGAGGAUGAGAAGGAGGAGGAUGAGAAGGAGGAGGAUGAGAAGGAGGCUGAGAAGGAGGAGGAUGAGAAGGAGGAUGAGAAGGCGGAGGAUGAGAAGGAGGAGGAUGAGAAGGAGGAUGAGAAGGAGGAGGAUGAGAAGGAGGAGGAUGAGAAGGAGGCGGAUGAGAAGGAGGAUGAGAAGGAGGAGGAUGAGAAGGAGGAGGAUGAGAAGGAGGAGGAUGAGAAGGAGGAUGAGAAGGAGGAGGAUGAGAAGGAGGAGGAUGAGAAGGAGGAUGCGAAGGAGGAGGAUGAGAAGGAGGAGGAUGAGAAGGAGGCGGAUGAGAAGGAGGAGGAUGAUGAGGAGGGAGCAAAGAGCGAAGAGGAGGCGGAAGAGGCAGAGGAGGAAGAGGAGGAGAGUGAGUCGUAUGGUGAGUCGAGUGAGAGUGAUGGGAGUAGUGACAGUGAGGGGAGUGAGGGGAGUGAUGAGAGUGAGGGGAGUAGUGAGAGUGAGGCGAGUGAGGGGAGUGAGGACAUGGGGGGUGAGAGGAAGAGGAAGAGGGCAGCUCCUCGACAAACCAGGAGCACUCGCCGCCGCCGUGACAAGCGGGCCACACGCACACAGACAGCGGGUCGGCAGCAGCGGGGCAGGCAGAGCACCUCACAGCACCGCACCCCACCCUCUCGCCGAACUGCUCCCACCACGCCUCGCCUGCUCCACACUGCGAGCCCGCGUCUGCGCCCGCGCCCCCCCCUCUCCCCAGCUGCCACGCCCACGGCCUCGGGCGCCCGCAGCUCCCCCCUGGCCCUCUCCUCCAGGAGCCCACGCCUCGCUGCCACUACCCCGCGCGCAUCCCCCCGCCUCACAGCCCUGGCGCCCUCUCCUGGGACACUGGGGGCGGAGGCAAGAGGAGGUCGCGAUGGGGAGAGGAGCGAGGGGGGCGCGAGGGCAGCAGGGCGGGUGCGAGCGGGUGCGGGGUGGGUGGGGGCGACGGAGUGGAGGGAGGGGGACCCCUACCUGCCCCAGGUGGGUGAUGACGUCAUCUACUGCUUCCAGGGCCACCUCAGCUUCCUGGAAACUGCGGGGCGCAGCCGCAGCCGCGGGCUGGACGAGAAGCUGCGGAGGAAGCUGCGGCCGGCGGAGCCGUGUGUGGUGGAGGAGGUGGGGUACUACUGGGUGGAGAGCGGUGGCUUGGGGGCGGGGCAGGGGCGGCGAGGCGGAGGCAGGGGGGCAGGGGAGGUGCGGCGAGUGGGGUGCAGAGCGGUGCUGGUGGUGGUGGAGAGUGAGAUCCCGGCGUUUGGGGAGAGGGUGGGCGUGGAGGUGGAGGAGGAGGGCGAGGAGUAUGUGGUGGAGCGCUGGCGUCAUGAUGCUGCCCUCGCCAACGGCUGGCACCCCAAGCAGCACUGCCUGGCGUAUUGGAGCCGGGAGUCGCUGCCACCGGGCCUCAAGCCACCCCCCCUGCCGGAGUCAUCAUCGGGCAGGGCAGUGGCAGAGCACCCGCGCGCAGUGCUCUUCCGCUGCCGCAUCCAGUCCGACAGCCCCUUCGACCCCGCCCUGCCCCUCAGCCCUUGGCGCAGGCUACGUGUGUACUAUGCGCAUGACCGCAGUGUGGAGAGGCAGAGCGCAUGGGAGCUGCUCCACCCCGACCCCGCGCUCUGGCCCACCCGCCCUGCCAUGCCAGCUCACCUGCUCAGCGCCGCCAGGGAGGCACUGCGGGCGGUGGAGCAGGACGAGGAGGUGCACGGCUCCCUGCAUCUUCUCUACUCGCCCGACUCCUCCCCCGCCGCCCUCUCCUCCAUCCCAGUGCCAAUGAGUGUGGCACUGGUGGCGGCGCGCAUGGCAUCGGGGUGGUACCGCUCACUGGACUCCCUACUGCACGACACCAACCUCAUCGCCUCCAACGCCCUCCACCUGCACGGCGCCGCCCACCCCAUCGCCACCGCUGCCGCCCACUUCUCCACACAGUUUGCCGCCCGCCUUAAGGCCCUCACUAGUGGUAGCAGGGCGUGA